AUGUCUAAACGCGCUACGGCGGGCCGGGGUGCCGGGUCUCCUCAACGGCCGUUCGAAACACUGCUUGACUUUUCCAAUGGUCCUGUUUUACCGCCAGUGGCUGUUGGAACAUCACACAAUUAUGGCGCCACAGGGCCGACGGCAUUGCCAAAAGAAGCAGCACAUGAUCCAAUUCAGGAUGUCAUGGGCAUGGUUAAAAGGAUCAACACUGGCCUUGACGACAGCGAGCAGCGAAUAUCCCUCUCAAGAACUGGCUCUGUGGUGCCUUCCAGAAGCGGUUCGAUUCAUACCAGUCGGCGAACUAAGCGAGAACCUACGCCGGACGAUCAACUUUUCCGUGCGCUACGAGAAGCAACCGAGUCGCCUACCAGAGAAGUGCAUUCUGAUAGGACACCGACUCCGCCUAUCCCACGAGCAGUAUCUACGGAUUCAAGCCCCGAUAUACCACCGCCUAGACGCAAGAACAGCUUGAUAUCAGAGAUUACGAACUCCCCGAUGUAUCCGAAGCCGCUGCGACAGUUGUCAAACUUCUUUUCCCGUGAGGAGCCUGAUGACGGUACUCCGCAUCGUCACAGCUCGGUCGACAAUGCCUCUGAAGUAUCAUUUGAGCUGGAGCGCACAAUCCAUGAUGGCGAGCUGCAACGUACGCGACCAAGUGACCAUGGGUCGAAUCUUUCCAAGGCCCCUCGACGACCCUCUGGUGUGCAGCUUCAACCGACGAUUGAGGAAGAGGAUGAACCGAGUUCCGUGCUGGCUGAUCAGUCCGACUUUGUCAACCCUGCCGAUCAGACAUGGACCGCCGAAGCAAGGACUGUUUUUCCAUCUCGUUUCCAAUCACUUCCUCGCUCGGAGUCACGUUCGGAUGAACCUGUUCUGCAAGAACCCCAGCAAUGGGAUUCAUCCUCAAGUUCCGAGAGCCGCAUAAGAGACUACAUGCGCGAUAUUUCUGGGGCUGCACUGAAAGGCGUCGACUGGAUUGCCAUCAAUUGGUUCAAAACCGCAGGCAUUCUGCUGUUUUCUAUGCUUCUUGUCGGCGCCUACCAGACAAAUAUUUGUGACGGCCUUGGCCUAUUUGCCCCCUCUGGUGAAUAUUCGAACUUCCCUUCAAAUGGAACAGACCCAGCUGUCCGCGAGAUCCGAAGUCGAUUGUCAGACAUGAGUAGCCAAAUAUCGUCAUUAUCGAAGGAGCUGAAGUCUUCUCGAUCAGAGCAAAAGGGCCUGACGACAGGGCAUCCCACCAAUAUGCCAUAUAACGCUCAAUUACGUUCUAUGGACCUCCAGAUCAACUUUCUUUCCCCGUCAAACGGAGCCAUGGUCGAUCCUCACGCGACUUCACCUUCGGCUAGCGAAAGCACUGUCAAGCCAGUCUCCCGCUUAAGGAAGUUCCUAAGGGGCCUUAACAUAUUUUCUUCAGGCGAUACAAUGAAAGCAGUUCACGAGCAGCUAGCUGCACUGUUACCCUGGGAGGAGGCUGGUGAUUGCUGGUGCAGCGUGAAGGAAGCCCAGCUCGCGGUUUUUCUUGGUCGUGCUAUCGUGCCGGAAGAACUGGUCAUCGAGCAUAUCCCAAUGACAGCAACUUUAGAUCCCACAUCAGCACCAAAAAUCGUCGAGAUGUGGGCACAGUUUGUUGUCGUUGACUCAGGUGCAAAUGAUGGAGAAGAAUACGAGUCUGACUUUGACUGGAAGUCCCCUUACGGCGGUGGAAAGAACCAACGUCAAUCCAAAAAGCCCCGACCAGCAAAAAAGCAAGGACUUGGGAAUUUUAACCUGCCCGGGGCAAACUCGCUUUCUGAGGUCCUCAUGAGUGCCUUGAAGAGAUCGAACCCGCAUUCUGACCCGGAGGACUAUUCAGACGAUCCUCUCCUCGGACCGAACUUCUACCGAAUCGGGCGAUUUUUCUACGAUAUCAAGGAACUCAACUAUAGACAGGCCUUCGCCCUAUCACCGAUCAUCGAUAUUCCUACAAUCCGUGUGGACAAGGUCGUCUUGCGCGUUAAGGAAAACUGGGGCUCGAAUCAAACCUGCCUUUAUCGAUUCAAGCUCCACGGGCAUGCCUGA